AUGUUCGAUGCUGAAAUCUUUCAUGGCCUCUCAGCUGAUGCUCGAGUACUGGUUGAUCGUGCACGAAUCGAAUGUCAGUCAUACAAGCUCACUCUCGAAGAUCCUAAAUUCACGCAAUCUCCUGGUCGUCGGCCGUUUGGCAUUUCGAUGUUGAUCGGCGGCUUCGAUUUUGACGGUCAUCCACGUCUGUUCAAAACUGAACCAUCUGGAGCGUACUACGAAUAUCUUGCAAAUUCUACUGGUCGUGGUGAAAAACCUGUUCGUGAGUACUUGGAGGAGCACUAUAGUGACGACACUAUCAAGGAUGAAGCGUCCACUCUCAAGCUUGUUGUGAAGGCUCUCUCGCAGGUCGUUCAGUCAGGUGCACAAAAUAUAGAAAUUGCUGUGAUGAAGACAACUGACGUAGUAAGUUAUUUAUGUGUAAUUGUUUUCUGUUUAUUUUCUUUAUUUUUUCCAACUUCUUAUCGUUUGCAUGAUGCUAAUGGUCACUUUCUUCAGCCUGGUGAAUGCACACAUCGUGUUCUUACUGUUGAAGAGGUUGAGGCGCUCAUGAAAGUGGUUGAGGAAGAGCGCGAAGCCGCAGAAGCAGAAGAGGCAGCUAAAAAGAAGCCAUGA